AGUUUUUUAUAUCCUAUAUUAAACUUGCUAGCAUAAGUUUAAUCUUGGACUCCGGAGCAAGUUCGUGUGGAUACGUUGGAAGCUUCAUACGUUUGGCGCUACGUUCAUCUCCUCAAAACCAUCCCCGACUGUUCCUCUGUUCUCCGUUUUCACCGUUAAGUAUUUUAUGAUUUUAAUUAAAUUACUUGCUAGUUUAAUUAAUUUAUUGUUGAUAGUUUAUUCCGUAGAAUAGAAUAAACUAGGUCUGGGGCGAGCGCGGUUCGCCCGGUGUAUGCUUUAAUAUGUAUGAUGUGAUGCUUAUAUGUAUUAUUGCAUGGUGGAUGAUUGUGGCUUAGUUAUAUUUGUUGUAAUUUUAAAUACGGCCUGCGUGUCGUGCCUCAUCUCUAUACUCUGGAUCAACGCAAUCUCUCCAUUGUUCUCCGCAUGGAUGAGAAAGAGUAUGUGCUCGAAAAGCCCAUUCCUCCUGCCCCUCCCGCUAACGCCCCGAAAGCGGUUAAAGAUGCCUACGAGAAACACAUUAAGGAUGAUAACCAGGUUAGCUGUGUCAUGCUGGCAACCAUGAUAACCGAGCUGCAAAAACAGCACGAGGACAUGAAGGCCCAUGAGAUGAUCGUGGCCUUGUGGCAGCUAUACCAGGGGCAAUCCAGGCAUGAACGUUUUCUUAAGGAGCUGGCAAUGGACCUGAUCGUGCAGUCGCUCCCUGAGAUGUAUAAGGGUUUUGUCAUGAACUACAUGAUGCAUGAUCUUGACAAACCCCUUCCGGAGCUUCUUAAAAUGCUCCAGACUGCAGAGGAGAACCUUACUAAGGGCAAGAGUGCUUCCGUCCUUAUGGUCCAAGGCGGAAAGGGGAAGCCGAAGAAGGGGAUUAAGAUUAAGGCUAGGACGGUCAUAAAGCCUAAAUCGAAGUCCACUUCAUCUGCAACCCAGAAACCCGUAGGAGGAGUUGCAAAGGGAAAAUGUCAUCACUGUGGUAAGGCAGGCCACUGGAGAAGAAACUGCAAGACAUACCUCGCAACCAAGAAGAAGGAAGGUACGACCAUUUCUUCUGAGGGACUGAAGCAGAGUAGACGGUUAGCUCGAGGCGAAAUUGAACUCCGAGUCGGCAAUGGUGCACCUGUUGCAGCUUUGGCAAUCGGAACUUAUAGUUUAGUCUUGCCUAGUGGUCUAAUGUUUGAGUUAAACGAUUGCUUGUACGUUCCUGAAAUUAGCAGAAACAUUAUUUCUGUUUCAUGUCUUGAUAAGAGUGGUUUCAUCAUUUCUAAUGCCAACAUGACCAAUGGGUUAUAUGUCCUUGACUUGGACAUGCCUGUCUAUAACAUAUCAGCCAAGAGGAACAAACCGAACGGUUUGAACCAAACAUACCUAUGGCAUUGUAGGUUAGGCCAUAUAAAUGAGAAACGCAUAUCCAAGCUACAUCGGUCGGGAAUACUAGAGUCAUUUGAUCUUGAAUCAUAUGACACAUGCGAAUCUUGUUUAUUGGGUAAGAUGACCAAAUCUCCUUUCACCGGACACAAUGAAAGAGCUGGUGAUCUUCUGGCACUCAUUCAUAGUGAUGUGUGCGGGCCUUUCAACACAACUGCACGAGAAUCAUUCUGGGGGUAUGCGCUGAGUACUGCAAUAUAUACUCUUAACCGAGUUCCAACCAAGGCGGUUGAAAGAACACCAUACCAGCUAUGGACGGGCAAAUGCCCGGUUCUGUCACACUUAAAGAUUUGGGGUUGUGAGGCUUAUGUCAAACGUCUUAUGAUGAAUGGCAAGCUUGACGCCAAGUCUGAUAAGUGUUUCUUCGUGGGAUACCCAAAGGAAACUCGAGAGACCUACCUCGAGGCAAUCAGUUGUCCCGAGGAUAAGGAAUGGCGUCAAGCCAUGCAGUCUGAAAUGGAUUCCAUGUACACCAACAAAAUUGGAUUGGGGUUGUGUUGGGGGCUGUUUUCCGGCGAUUCGACGGUGGCUGGCCGGUGGUGGCUACGGCCAGCAAUGGAUCCGAACGUGAACCUCAACGACAACCACUCCGAGGGAGAUAGCGUGUCUCCCCAGCAACUUAAUGCGAACCAGAACCAGAAUGCCCCUCAUCAGGAAGCCCCGCACGGUGGACUUGUUGGGAUCCCGCAGAUGGAUCCUGCUCUCCUGAUGCAGCUCAUGCAACAAAUGCUGAUCAUGAAUCAGAACGCAUUGGCUAGGCAGCAUGAGCCAAGGAUUACUUUGGAGAGAUUGAGGAAGAAUGGUGCUGAAGAGUUCCUCGGGGAGAACAUCGCUGAUCCGUUGGUAGCGUUCCGGUGGCUGGAGCGCGUACGCCGCGUGUUCGAGAACUUAAAGGUCCCCGUGGGUGAGUGGGCUGAUCUCGCUGGGAUGUUGCUGCAGAACAACACAUUUGUUAAGGGCAUGCGCAUGAACCUCCAGGAGGGUAUGUCUACGGCGUCCAGGCAAGACUUUGGCGUCAUGUAUGAGCAGGCUAAGGAGGUGGUCAGGACCCGAGAGGGAGCAAAGCUGGUAGUGGAGCAAAAGGCAAACAAGAUGCCGGUUCAGGUAGCCAGUGCUGGUAAGGCCUACUCGGGGAAGAGACCUCUGAGUGGGUCUGGUAUUCAGUCGUCCAAGAAAGCCAAGUCAAGACCAGCUCACUCAGUGUCAUCCAGCAGCAAGACAAGGCCGUCAAAGCAUCCGAUGUGUGAAUCUUGUGGGAGGAACCAUCCAGGGGAGUGUUGGAGGAGUUUAGGGUUGUGCAUGGGAUGCGGACAUCAGCGUUCGACGGCCGGGUCACAGCCACAGCGACCCCCGCAACAGCGGCAGCCUCAGGCUACACCACAUCAGCAGGGCAGGGCUCCAGCGAGGACAUACGCUAUGCAAGGGCGUGCCGAUCCUAAUCAUGACGUCAUACUUGGUAUGUUUACACUCUUUGGUUCGGAUCUGUUAGCAUUGAUUGACCCUGGGUCUACACUGUCAUAUAUAUGUGUUCCUUUGCCUGCUAAUUCUGUUGUCGCGAGAGGUCAGUUGGAGAGUCCGAUGCUGGUGUCCAAUCCCCUUGGGCACAGUAUGAGCCUACAUCACGUCUAUCGACAAUGCCCUUUGACCGCGCGUGGGAAGAUCUUUCUCGCAGAUCUUAUUGAACUUCCAUACAAGGAAUUUGACAUUAUCCUUGGAAUGGAUUGGCUUACCGAGCACCAGGCAGUCGUAGAUUGCAGUUCAAGGACUGUACGAUUGAGAGCACCGGAUGGGGACACAAUCAUGAUCGAUGGGGAGUUAUUUCCUAAGGCGCCUGAGUUUAUCUCUUAUAUGCAAGCCAAGAGAUUGGUCCGAAAGAAGUGUGAGGCAUUCCUAUGCACCGUGAAAGAUGUACGGAAGGAGCCACCUAGCCUUAAGGAUAUUCCUUCCGUACGUGAUUUUCCUGACGUGUUUCCUGACGAGCUACCAGAUCCGACUCAUCGGUUACCUGAAGGCGCGGUGACUCUGGACGAGAACUUGACCUAUGAGGAGGCCCCGAUGCAGAUUUUAGCACGAGAAGUUAAAGAGUUGAGGAAUAAGCGGGUGCCUCUAGUCAAAGUCUUGUGGCGUAACCAUGCUGUCGAAGAGGCUACGUGGGAGACCGAGGAGUCCAUGAGAGUUCAGUAUCCUCACCUUUUCUGCGAUGAUGGUUAAGAAAAUAUCAAUAAUAUUUUGUAAAUAUUAUUAGAAAUAUUUUCUAUAGAAAUAUACAAGAUUAUUAUUAUCCCAAAUUUUAAUCUUUAUAUUUUAUACUACUAUAAUCUUUACUAGCAUAAAGAUUGUGGUAGACUCCGGCGUUGUUCGUGUGUCAAAGUUGGAGACCGGACGCUUGAACAGUUACGUUU